AUGAGUACCACUCGUUAUGAACCACUCUCGCAAGCGGAGGACACGACUGUCAUUGGCCAUCAUGCAGCAGCCUCGGCGUCAUAUAUAGCCGCGAACCCAUCUUCCUAUCGAAUGAGAGAGGGCGACUCAUCGAGCUCAGAUGAUGAGGAUAUGGGAGAUGAACCCAAGAAUAUUACAGCAGCAUUUGACGAGGAAGUAGAGAGCUACUUGAACCAGGAUAGGAAGGACAGUCGACCAAAGGCUCUCAGGUGGUUCCUUUGGGCAUUAGGUGCAGUUGUAAUAUGCGCAAUCCUUAUUGGCAUCGUUGCCGCUCGUUCCUACAACGGAGCCAAGUUCAGAAUAAAAGGCAGAAAACAUAUCGAGAUGGACCAUGUAUUCAAUGGCACAUUUUGGGCUGACACCAAAACUAUCAACUGGGUCCGAGAGGCUGGCGAUGGUGUAUUCUCUGUGGACGAGUCUGGCGUGAUUUUGCUCGUCGAUCUGAAGACCAACAAGACAAAAACUUUGGUCGAAAGAUCCUCUGUUAGAGACGAACAUGGUCAACCACUCUACUGGGACGACUGGAAACUAUCCCCAGAUGCGAAAUUUGUACUCUUCCAGGUCGAUCGUGUGAAGGGCUGGCGCCAUUCGUCAUAUGGCAAUUAUUAUAUUCACGAUCUUGAGAAGGGCAGUACUCAGCCUCUUGCCCAUCCUAGUAAUCCUCCCGUGAUUUCAUAUGCCACUUGGGCACCGACAAGCAAUGCGGUCGCCUACGUAUCAAAGAACGACCUUUAUGUCACACCUGC